GAGAUUUGAGAAUGAGCGCAAGCUUGCAAUGAAACGCAUGUAACAUACAGCACCUAUUAACUAUAGGUUAUAGGUUGGAAACGGGAUAGCAAAGCUCUCCCGGUGACACAUUGACACAAUCAAUAUCUGGGAAACCAGAGGUUGGCAAUUUUGACAUUGAAGGACAGCAACCGAGUUCCAGAUGGUAUCACCAAAUCCCCGCACCGGGCAGGUGCUCUCUCAAUAGACUGGCCCCACCGCGCCAUUGAGAGCGAUUUCAAAGCUUAGAGCACAUGGGAAAACGUCGGCAAGCGUUACACUACCGGGUGUGUAACUACCCAGACGCGAAAGUUUCUUUCUCCACACGAUUGGAUGCCUCUGGCUGCAUGCCAAAACCGGUUUCCGACGUGCCAUGGAACGAUUAGAGAUGCAAACGAACUAACCAGGCUUCCGUUUCGUUGCGGCAAGUUCUAAGCAGACCGGAGCCAGAAACCACAGUGGUGAUACUAAACCGAUAACGGUCGACCAAGCACGCCGGCUUUCGACGGCCGGGUGAAAAACCUCUCCGAGGGCUCAGUGAAUGUGACCCGACCCGGCGGCGGUCACGCGCCAUGAACGCCGCUGGUGCGCACAGUCACACCGAUCUGACGGCCGGCGCGGUGCCGCCCCGCUCGCGACGCGACGCGAUCGGGUGAUGAGCGGCCCGAUAGGUCGCCGGGAAAGUGGAACGGGCGGUGGCGGGCGGCGGAGGGCGUGCGGAGGCGGGCGGCGGAGGGCGGGUGGGAGGCGGACACUCCGGCCGGGCGGCGCGCCGUCACUCGCCCGCUCGCCCCCGGACACGGCGCACGCGCCAGUCGCACUCCGACCGACACGCCGGCGGUCGUCGUGUCCCGUACGGUCGGACCGCUCACGCGCACGUGCCAGUUGCUGCGUACGGCGCCAAGUGGCUGGCCAAGGCGACCCAGUGGAGAGAACUGAGUGUUCAGUUGCGUGACUGUGAGUGUGUCUGUGGGACUUUGUCGAAAUCUCUUUUUACUGAGAAGUCUAACCGAACAAGACUCGGCUUCAAACCAGGGAGCAGUCAACUGGAAUCGCCGGCUUGGUGAGCGUAUCGACAGAAAGGAGACAGCUCCGAACAACGCUGGGGUGAAAGUCGACGACACACCUCCAGUCUCGGCGGGAGCAGCUACUUUUCCGUCCUCUCCCAGGUAUCAGCAGUGCCCACAGCUGUGAGCGACCUGUCCGCCAAGGUCACCCGAGCCCAACACACCUACCCCGCUCAUACACCAUGGCGCCGGCGUUCUUCGGCGGAAUCGAGGGCGGCGGCGGGCACUCGUUCGCCAAAAUCAUCAAUGGGGACGGUCGUAUCAUGGGGACCGGCUCGGGGCCGGGCACCAACCUCUACCUGGAGGGUAUGGACGCCACCGUCGAGCGGUUCCACGCGCUCGUCGCCGAGGCACUGACGGCCGCCGGCCUGCCGACCAACACCAAGCUGCGGGCGCUGGGCGUCAGCUCAAGCGGCUGCGAGGCCGAGGAGACCAACGCCAAGCUGAAGCAGAUGCUGAUGUCGCGCUACCCGGGCAUGGCCGAGAGAGUGGUGGUGUGCAGCGACUCUGUGGGCGCCAUCGUCACCGCGUUCCCGCACGGCGGCAUCUGUCUGAUCUCGGGGACGGGCUCCAACAGCCUGCUGCUGAACCCUGACGGCUCGGUGCACCGCUGCGGCGGCUGGUCCUACAUGCUCGGAGACGAGGCCAGCGCCUGGUGGAUCUCGCAGCAGGCCGUCAAAUGGGUCUUUGACGAGGACGACAACCUGCGCACGCCGGUCCACAGCACUGCCAAGGCGCGCGAGUGCAUCAAACGCUACUUCGGCAUCACCGACCGCUUCGGCAUGCUCGACUUUGCCUACACCAACUUCAGCAAGGCGCAGUUUGCGGGUCUGUGCCAGCACCUGGCGGCAGCCGCACACGAGGGCGACCUCUUCUGCCGCGACCUGUUUGCAGAGGCGGGCCGCUGGCUGGGACGGUUCGUGGUGGCGCUGCUGCCGAAUGUCUCGGAGGAGCUGCGCCGCGAGCCCGGCGGUCUCAGCGUGGUCGCUGUCGGCGCCGUGUUCAAGUCCUGGGACCUGAUGCAGGUGGGGUUCGUGCAGCAGGUGUCCACCCACCUCUCGGCGUUCACCCUCCUCCAACUGACCGGCUCGCUGGCGCUGGGCGCCGUCUACAUGGCCGCCAAGGAGGUCGGCUUCGACCUGCCCAAGAACUACGCCCAAAACUCGAUCCCGCUCUGCCGGUGGAACAAGAACACGCCCGGAUGGUAGGCUGGGGCGCAGCCGCGGCCGGCCGACGGGGAGGGUGCGGGGCGCGGGCGCUCCUCCUCCCUGGCGGCCGUAGGCGCGCGCCGGCCGCAGCGGACAUGCGGGUGGGACGUGUGUGUCUGUGCUCGGGAAUCUGGGACAUGUUUGGGGCGUGUUAGUGACGUCAACACCAGUGGAUGGCGGGUGUUGCAACGUCGCAGUCCUGGUAGCGAGACCGGAUGCACGCCUCUAGUCGUCAGGCGCGUGUUAGCUCGUAGACGUCAGAACGCCAGAAAAUGAGAGCGCCUGAGGUAAAUGAAACGUGCAUUCCUGCAAAUCGGAGAUGUGCAAUCGAAUGAUGAUUCGUUUCGUUGACAUUUGUUGACACUUUUUGCUGUUGAUUUGUGCUGCCUUAGCCGGUUGGGUUCGAGCCGCGUAACCGCACCGGCAAUUCGUAGGCUCGGCGAUAGCCAAUUGUUGGGAAAUAUGCACUGAAUCACCGACCUUUUGUAGCGCCUCCCUAUGUCCACGAUGGCGUUAGCGAUCAGCACGUAUGCGAUACAGUCACAGGGAUAAUAAAUGACACUUCAGGGAAGCUAUGUUACGACGGCCUGUGGGUACCGAUAAGAUUACGUCGCUUUCAGAAUUUUCAUUGUUUAACUUCUGAUCCGCAAUAAAGAUAUAUAAUCAGACGCGAAUUGUACUGAGUCUUCUUUCGACAUCCCCUCUUUCUGCAAUAAAACUCGUCCAAAAUGUG